AUGUCUGCCAUCAAUAUAUCUUCAACCGAGCAAUUUAGCUCACUCUUGACCUCAUCCCGUUUUGUUGUUGCAGAUUUCUAUGCCGACUGGUGUGGACCUUGCAAGGCCAUUGCUCCUGUUUACGAAUCCCUUGCAAACCAGCUUUCCCGUCCAAAGCACAUAACCUUUACAAAGAUCAACGGCGACCAGCAGCCAGAUCUCGCCAAAGCUUACGGCGUCCGAGCCAAACAAUCUCUACGAGAACUAUCGCUUACAGUUCAUCUGAGUAGCUACCCUACUUUCAUCGUUUUUGAAAACGGCAAAAAGACUCAGUCGGUCGCAGGCGCUGACCCGCGCAAACUCAACGAUGUGAUCCAAAAGCUCGCAUCUGAAGCAAGCAAGUCCGAUGAAGCAGGCGGAGAACCUAGUGGCUCUGGUAGCGGUUGGAUCGGUGCUGCUGUCGCCAAGGGUUACAGCGACGUGACUGACCAAGUUGACGCGAAGGGACUAGACAUCCUCAACCGCGACGACGACCGCGGUGAGGCACGCGUGCUCUUUAGCGGAGGAAAACCCGGUGGACUAUCAGGAAAGGGCAAGGCUGCAGGCCAGGCCGAUUGGGUCGAGAGUGAUACAGACGAGCAGCUGAUGCUGUACAUUCCUUUCAAAUCAACACUGAAGAUUCACUCUCUACAUGUGACCUCACUGCCCCCUGCUGGAGACGACGAGGCCCCCAUGCGCCCAAAGAGUGUGUCGUUGUAUACCAAUCGCUCCCAUGUGCUGGGUUUCGACGAGGCAGAGGACAUUCCUGCUGUGCAGACGGUGCAGAUUAAGCCUGGCGACUGGGAUUCGAAGACUGGCACAGCCAAGAUCGACCUUCGAUUUGUCAAGUUCCAAAAUGUUUCGUCACUGGUCAUUUUCUUUGUGGAUGGCGACGGAGACGGCGAGAAGUUACGCGUGGAUCGCAUUCGGGUUAUUGGCGAGUCGGGCGAGUCGAGGGAGAUGGUCAAGCUAGAAAAAAUCGGUGACGAACAUGGGGAGUAA